AUGCCGUCAUACACAGCAAGCGAGGAACAAGUACAAGACUCGGAUUGUUCGCAUCAACGAGUUGAAGAUACUCAAGUCACUUCAGACGCGUUUAAACGUGUUGCGAAUCCUCAAGAACUAUUCACUUUAUACGCGACACGGAACUUUCAACGAAUUCAUACAAUUAGGUUUCCUUCAAAUGAAAGAUUGAAUCAUAUUAUGAAGAUUCGAAUAGAUAAAGUAGCCCAUAUCAUGAAAUUCAAAAUAGAAUUGAAAAAUCAACUACAAGAUGCUCAAAUUAACUAUGAUAAUUAUCUGAAAAUACCAGAUUUUAAUAAUGCAGCACAAGAUCUAUUCGAUAUGUCCGAUCUUAGUCCCAACAGUCAAAUAUUUAUAACAGAGAGCGAUUUUGCUGACUUUAAGCUGAAGACACUCGAAGAAAUGACUUUGAAUCAACAACAUGAUAAAGUAAGCUAUCAUCCUAAUUAUGAUUCUAUUGAUCUCGAAAGUUUUGAAAGUUAUAUUGAAGAUGUUUUGAAGCCUGCCUUCACAGGCGAUCAAAAUGAAAUGUCUAUUAUUGCUCAAUUAACAUAUUCACAGGUUUCGUGA